AUGAAGUCUACCACCCUCCUCGCCACUCUCUCCCUCGCCGCCCUCGGUACCGCUAUUCCCUCCUCCUCCCCUCCCUCCUCUGAUGCGCCCGCCUACAUCCACUCCUCGUUCUCCUGGGUCGACUGGGUCGACAGCGUAAUCGCCGACCCAUCCACGGCUAUGACCCCCGAAGAAGCCCUCACAGCCUUCAGCGCCGGCGCCGAAAACCCCGAAGACCUCACCAGGCGCCAGGAAUUCGCAAACUGCCAGCAGCUUACCUCAUCUCCUCCAUCCGUUGGCGACGCAGUGUCGUGUAUCAAUGAUUUGGCUGGACGGGGCAAGGCAGGCCAGAACUGCAAUGUUAGCAGUAUUGGGGGCGCGGUUCAGUGCAGUAUCGGUAGUGCGCAUAUUGUUACUGUGAGGGGAGGAACUAAUGCUCCUACAAGUGUGAACUGCAAUGACAUUGCCCGCUCAGGCGGUAUUAUUAUGGACCGUUGCACUCGUGGUGACAACACUGUUUCUGGAACUGCGUACAUUCCCCAGGGUGGUGUUGCUGUACAUAUCCAACAUUCUUAG